AUGUCCAGAGAAGGCACGCCACCAGAUAUCGAUGUACCACAUAUACUGCUUGGUUGUCCUUGUUGCAAUGCAGUUCAAUGUUCUGGUGAAAGGCAUAGUGCCAUAGAUAUUGGGUCCCCCGGCAGCAUCAGCAGUGCAGUAAGAUUACGACAAACGGACAGAGAGCAAAAGAUGAGGAGACCAAGUGCUGUAGCGAAUGAACGAGUCAGGGUGAGGGAUUUGUCGAUGGGCAGUUUGGGGCAUUCCGCGGCUGACUACGGAGUCUGGAGUAGUUCCAGUGCACUGGGCUGCUCAUCCGUCCCUUCUGCUUUUCGCUCCUUCUCUCUUCCAUCCUCCCAACACACCCCUCCCCUCCUCAUCUCCCAGUCCCUCUCGCUCAGCAGACUGCUUGGUAAGCCGUCAUUCUCUGCUUCUAGGCAGGGGCGCUUCUUAGCCUUCCUGCCCUGCCCAGUUCAGACGGAUCACGCCUUCGUAAUCCGAACUCGCCUUUUUGGAACUUGGAAUUUGGAACUUGGAACUAGGGAUUAUUCAGACUGCUCUACCGCUAUCUCAUUGGCACGAUCUACAGCCUCUACCGCAACGUUGUUUUUCGCCGGCCGUGCGAUGGAUGGUCCACCAGGAUUGUCCGGCGCGUCUCCCGCAACUCCCGCAACCAUCUCGGACCUCGUGAAGCAGUCCCAUGAGCCUCUCGACCACGCAAUGGCCUUUGAGUAUACGGAACAGCUUCUCACACCCGAGAACAGUCGCUCCGAAACUUCAAGCAAUAAUGAAAACGCGUCUAACGAGGAAAAACCGACCCUACGCCGACGAUCUACACGUGCGACACGCGCUUCACUGCGGGGAGCAGCACAGUUGGAAUUUGACUCUGAGGUAAUUGGUGAUGGGCUGCAACUUUCCGCAGAGACUACGGAACAUAUCUGUUUGGAUGAGUCUCUCGACAAUGGCACCGUGCCGCGAAGGAAGAAUGCCGCCUCUCGCUCCCGCCACAGUAUCGCGGUCAUGGAAUCAACUCUACCAGCCGAACUGAGCCUUGCGCAGGAUCCUAUGGAUGUCAAUGACGAACCAAUAGCUCCUGGUACCCCAAUUUCGGAAUCAUCGCAUGAACCGCAGACUGAGGAAGCGCCUGCCGCCUUGCUUCCCCGUACACUACGUAAGCGCGUGGAACAAGCAUUGGCUCGGGACAAAGGUCACGGCUUACAGAAGGACUUGAAUGAUACAAAUACAGAUAAACAAACUCCCAUUAGGCGAUCAUCUCGGCUGAGCGUACUGGGAAAGGUCUCCGAACUUGCUGGUCGAGCUACGGGCGUAUUGGGCAAGCGUUCGAGCAGCUCGAGGGAGAAUGCGAAAGAACCGGACAGGCGAUCUAGCCUCCGACCUCGACGAGUUGAUAUCGCCAAAGAGGAACCUGCCGAUGAGCCGCCAUCAAAGAAGCAACGGGUCUCGGAUCACGAAUCCGUAGUCAAGACUAAAUCGGAAUCAGAUAGCACCCAGGAGGAACCAACGCCGCCUGAAAUGAUAACUCGAUUCAAGGAAAAGCGGUGGCUAACUCAUGGUCUGUAUUCUGGGCAAGAAUAUACGAACCUACGACCCAGCCAGAAGAGGACCGAGAAGAGGAGGAAGAGCCACAAUCAAACUCAGCCUAACCAUCAGAGGAGGCUUCUUCCGCUUCCAAUGUUUGCUGGAGAGAGGCUACUACAAACGGGACGAGACUUUGAACUUCCAUUCGAUAUCUACUCACCCCUUCCUGCAGGCCAGCCUAAGCCGAAUGAGUGGAAAAAAACCAAUAAGAAUGUAUUUGUUGGCGAGGCGAGCAGUAUCUGGCGGGCGAACAAAGUUGAAGAGUUUAACAAGUGUGUUUGCAAGCCGGAAACGGGUUGCGAUCAGUACUGCCAAAACCGCUACAUGUUCUAUGAAUGUGACAACAAGAUCUGCGCUUUGGGCGCCGAGUGUGGCAACCGGAACUUCGAAGAGCUCAAACAGAGAGCCAAGGCCGGAGGCAAAUACAACGUGGGUGUAGAGGUGAUCAAAACCGCAGAUCGUGGCUAUGGCGUUCGCAGCAACCGUACAUUCCAGCCAAACCAGAUUAUCGUGGAAUAUACUGGUGAGAUUAUCACUCAAGCCGAGUGCGAGAAACGCAUGCGCACUAUCUACAAGAAAAACGAGUGCUACUACCUUAUGUAUUUUGACCAGAACAUGAUCAUCGAUGCUACUCGUGGAUCCAUUGCUCGUUUUGUGAACCAUGGCUGUGAGCCCAAUUGUCGCAUGGAAAAGUGGACUGUGGCAGGAAAGCCCCGGAUGGCUCUCUUUGCUGGUGACCGAGGCAUUAUGACCGGGGAGGAAUUGACAUAUGACUACAACUUUGACCCAUAUUCGCAGAAGAAUGUCCAACAAUGUCGUUGUGGUUCGGCAAAAUGUCGCGGCAUCUUGGGCCCUCGGAAAAGAGAGAAGGAGCAACGAGCAGAGAUGAGAGCAGCUAAGCUGAAGGAGCUCGCGGACGCGAAGAAGGCAAAUGCAGCGAAGCGGAGAAAAGAAAACGCUCUCAACAAAUCUCGCUCGCGCAGUAAUAAAAAGGGAGCGGCGUCAUCCAUCAAGUCCGGUGUCAGGAAGGCUGUAUCAAAAGCGCGUAUGACUGUCUCCAAGGCAGCUGCCUCUCGAAAGAAGCCAGCUACCGGAACAUCCGCCAGAAGCGCAACCAAGAAAUCCACAAAUGCCUCCGCGAAGGGAACGUCGACGACCUCCAACCGGAAUAUCAAAUUGCCUACAAUAAAAGCAACCAAGGCAAAAGCAAAGGCGACAGUUCGCGUCCGGAAACCAGCACAAACAACCAAAGCCAGGAUAGAGAAGCCUUUAACAUCACCAUCCAAGCCACGCAGUCGUGCCCCGGCUACCAAACCCAUCAAGACCGUUACCGCAACGAAGAGCUCAUCAGUUCGGAAGCAACCUUCCCAGUUGAACAAGGAAGUUCUGAAGGACGUCCGCGAAUCAAUCAACAAGGGGGCAGGCAAGCAAUCACCAAGGGCGAAACCUCCAGCUCGUACAUUGGCGCACUCGCCUAGGGCAAAGAAGCAGUCAUAG